AUGCGUGCUCGAGGCUUUGGGGCUCGUUUGACUCGAUCAGACCAAGAUGGAACCAUAUCACACCCGGAGUUGGUGACGGAAGCCGACGCUAGUCUUCGUGCUGAUGCACCAGACUUUGUCCCGGGUCCACCAGCAACAAGCACACUUGUUCCACCAUCGACAGCAUCUACCAAAGGAAAGGGUAAGACUAAAGCUAAGCUCCCGCCUAAGCCUCACAAAGUCACGACCAAGUCAACAGCCGGUGACAUCGCCACUCGAAUUCAUGAAGACAUUGCUCACAACCUCUAUGAGUGUCCCAUCUGCACGAGCGAACUAGGCCGACGAUCUAAAGUUUGUGGUCCACCAACGAAGGAGCCGCCGCUCAGAGGAAUUCUCGACAGCAAGAUGGCGAUGAGCCUGUUUCUCCUCGUGCCUGGCGUUGCCCUGGAUGCAAUCUCUCUCAUGAAAUAUACCCAUCCACCUAUAGCUGCUGGUGUGAAAAAGAAGUCGAUCCUAGACCCCUCCCUGGUCUGCCUCCACAUUCAUGCGGUCAGACAUGCUCACGGCCUCGUAAGGGUUGCCCGCAUCCGUGCGAUACAACUUGUCACGCAGGUCCUUGUACUCCUUGUACAUCGAUGGGACCAACUCAAGAUUGUUUCUGCGGUCGGAAUUCAUCUACCAAACGAUGCCAGGAUACCAACUAUGAAGAAGGAUGGAGCUGUGGUGAGGUCUGUGGUGAUCUCCUCCCAUGUGGCGAACACACUUGUCCCCUUCCGUGUCAUGAGGGUUUGUGUGGUGCCUGCGAGGUCUCGAUAG